AUGUUGUCGUGGGCAGUGAGUGCCGACGAACACCGCCGACUGGUUGAUGACCGACAAGAUGGCAGCCAGAAAAGGGAUACAGGCAAAAGAGAGAACGACUUCCGACGGAGUCAGCUCCGGCGAAAGGGAUUCUCAGAGGCCGCCAUGCCUUCAGACCAAUCACCGGUCAGACACAGACUGUGA